AUGACAGAAAGGAUAUGUUUACACUCACGAUUUACACUUUUAGCUAAAUUAGGAAAAGGAACAUUUGGAGUAGUAUUUAAAGCAAUAGACAAUGUUACACAUCAGUACAUUGUAAUAAAAAAGUAUAAUAAAGAAAAUAUAGAUGGGAUGGGAAUUACGUCAUCAGGACUAAGGGAGAUAUGUUUAUUAAGACAAUUGAAUCACAGAAAUAUUAUAAAGAUAUUGGGAGUUUGUUCAGGAAAGAAUGAACUUGAAUUAUUAAUGGAAUAUUGUGAUUGUAAUUUGAGACAAAUAAUAGGGGCAGACCUUGGCAAUGAUAUAAUAAGAACAAAACAUAUAUUUAAACAAAUUAUGGAAGGAGUAUUAUAUAUGCAUGAAAAUAAUAUUGUUCAUAGAGACUUAAAACCAGAAAAUAUUUUAUUAAAAAAUGGUGUUGUAAAAAUAGCAGAUUUUGGAAUGGCUAAAUAUUCAUUUAGAUGUUAUACACUUGAUUGUAUUUCUGAAAAAUAUGCACCACCAGAAAUUGUCGAUCUUCUAAGAUUACUUCAGGAAUAUGAUAACCAAGGUAUUGAUGUUCCUUCUGAUAAAAUACCUUCUUAUGUUCUUUCUGAUAAAAUAGAUCCAUGGUCUUGUGGUAUUAUUUUACUUGAAAUGACUCAAAAUAAUAUUACUACUAAUUUUUCUAAACUAUGUAAUGAGUCAAGAGAAAUCAAAUUAACUAGUACAGACCAUCCAAUAAGUGAAUUUUUUAGUAAACAACUUUCAAAUACAAAUGACAAAGAUCUUCUUAUUCUUGUUAGUGGAUUAUUACGUUAUGAAUCUACAUUACGUUGGACUGCUAAAGAUGCAAUAAAAUGUAGUUGGCUUGAAUGUGUAGAUACUUCAAAACCUUAUAAUUUAUAUAACAGUGCUAAUUUUUUAAAACAACAAGUAAUUGAAGAGGAUAGUUCUUUUUAA